CCGUAUUACGCUGGUAAAUCAUUGAGUGAAGAACAGUCCUGCCAUGAAGCCUUUGCUGAUGUUGGUGUUUGUGUGCGCAGUGUGUGCGGUGGAAGCGCAGGACAAGAUUAAGAUGUGUGGCAGAGAGCUGAUACGUUUGGCUGUCUCCUCCUGUGGAAACCCCCGCUUGAGGAGGAGCGCCGUUGAUGGAGGACUGGAGCAGCGUCAAUACUCUCCUUCCUGGGAUGAUGAUGAUGAUGAUGAUGACGAUGAUGCUUCUGCAAAGGAGCCAGACGCAGCUCGCAGGCCUUCAGUCCUGUCCUCAUCAGUACUUCACUACUUUGCAUCCGCUCGCCUCAGACGAGCUGUUGGCAAAAUAUCUGAUAUUUGCUGCGAGAACGGAUGCAGCAUGAAGGAGCUGAUCCAGUUCUGCUAAACCUUCGCAAGACUACGACACGCUCGGGUUCAGAUGAAAUAAGAUAGGUCUGCACUGCAAAGCGUCAAGCGGGCUAGUCAUUUAGAUAUUAGAUAACUAUUCAUGCAGGUUGUGCAUUCAUUCAUUCAUUCAUUUAUUAAUUUAAGGCACCAAAUUACAAUAGGUUUAAUGGAGAGACUGUUAUUACUGCUUGUGUUGAUACUGUAUAUUUAUUCUUCUCUUCUAUCUAUCAUUAUGUUAUAUUUCUUAUCAUAGAUUUUUAGAUUUUUGUGCUCUCGCACAAAAAAAAGUACAUUUUCAAAUUCCUUUCUCACUUUAGCAAAAAUAGUUUUCAUUUUCCAACUGCAUUGGUAUUGUCUCUAUGCAAAUAUAUUCCUUUAUGGCCCGAGCAUAAAAAGAUGCUGAAUGAAUAGCCUGCUUAUGGCAUUUUGAAUUGGUUUCACAACCACUGAUUGAAGCAAAUGGCGCUAAAUUGCUUUUUCAUGCAGUCCACGGCAUAUUUUUCCUUUGAAAAAUGUCAGAUUUUAUUUUUAAUGAUGAGGUUGAGUGGCCCUAUUUAAUAAUUUGAGCAAUUUUAGGCUCGACUGACUUCCAGUGUGAUGUUAAAUCUCCAGGAUAUUAUAAAAAAAUAUAUCUACCAAAUUAAUAUAUGAAGGAAAAUCUUAUUUACUGAUUUAGUGCAACAUAUGCAUGCACGUUUACCCACAAUCCUAUGCAAAUGAGGAGGGAAAGGAAAGUUUCUGCCAUGGGAUGGAUGCAGUUCCCUUGUUUAACCAGCAGAGGAAGCCACAUAUCUCAUAAUGAAACUAAUAACAGCACGACUUGGGGGGAUGUUGCGUUUUUUAUACUUAAAUGGUAAUGGAAUAGGUUAGGUCAUCUGAGUUUUUUCUACUCCCUGCUGCUUUUGACUGUAAAAGUCCCACUCACCUCACGUGAUCCUUCAUCUUCUCGUGACAGGAGAGAUGUGUCCAAAAGGAGGUUCCAUGGCACCCACCCAUCCUCACUCAGCGCCAACAUGAGCUGACGAGCACAUGGCUGCAUGGGGCCUCUUUGAUGCAACACUCUGUCUCUUGUCCACUGGAGAAAAAUAAAACAAUAAAAAUGGACUUAAACCUC